CACAAAGAAGAAGCCACAUAAACAGUUAUUACAAUUUAAACUAAACUUCAAUUCUUCGGCAACCAAAUGGUGACGUCCGGCGACGGAGUGGACGACUCUUAUCGGUCACUUCCGUCGCUGUAUUUGGCCUUCUUGUCGAUCUGGUUCUUCUCUGCUUUCUCAUGGACCGCUUACACCUACAAAACCCGUCAUUUUCAGUGGAAUAAUUUGCAGUUGACACUUACUUCGAUUCCGUUGAUUAAAGCAUUGCAGCUCAUGCUGUCCUUCCUCUUCUGGUAUUCAUGCUUCAAUUUUCAGGCAUGCUCUCUGUGGAUGUCAUUUGGUGUAUACGUAACUGGGGUGCUCUUUCAGACAGCUGCUUUUGUUUCUUUUUUGCUCAUUUCUCAUGGCUACUGCAUCAUGUGUGAGCACCUUUCUUUAUAUGAUCGCCGUUCAACUGCCGCACUUGCUUGUGUCUUUUACUUGACUCUAGUUGGGUACAAGGCUUCUGUGCCAUACUUCACUGUGCUUUUGCUACUAAAUUAUUUCAUUUCAUUUUAUGUAAUAUUCCACCAUAUAUCCCAAAACCUACUAGUGUUGCGAGAACAAUUGAGUGUCAUAGAAAAUGAGGAUGUUCGAGCAAUGCAUGAUGCUGUGUAUAAAAAGUACAUAAUGUUCAAGAAAUUUCAGGGUGCAAUGCAGAUGGUAGCUACGGCAGAAACUGUGAUAUAUAUGAACAUUUGUGACUCCUCGGAGAGUUACUGGCUUCGCUUAUUGAUCAGAGAAUGGGCACAAUUUUGCAUCUUUGUAUAUAUUGGAUGGAUUUUCAGAUCACAAGAUUUGGCACCACACUUCUCUGUUAUGCCAGACACAAAGUGUAAAGGCGAGACUCUUAUGCCUCCCAUCUACAGCAUUGAAAUGGAUGCAGCAACCUUUAAAGAAUUUAGUAGUCACGAAUGGCACAUUGGGUUGCCAACUUCCACUAUUCAUGAUGAAUGCUCCAAAAACGAAGUUCUGGUAAUCAUUCAGCAUCCUCGAGCACAGAGGCUAAGAAAACUCGACGCGUUUACUCAUUGCACUGACUGCUUUGCUGAGACAGACGUCAAUACAAAUUCAUCUUCAUGCCAAAUACAAAAAUAUAGCUAGCAACAUGAUGAAUUAUACCUGCAUUACUUGCUUAGGCUUUUUUCUUGCAGCUAGCAUAACCAUCAACUUUUUCUUGGUUUAGAAAUUACUAGGUAAGGGCAAAAAGGAGCCCUAGUUCCCAUUAAAAAAUGGUGCAAAAUUAAAUGGUACGUAAAUUGUGGAUAGUAAAUUGAAGCCAUGUUGAAUCUAACAUAUUACGAAUUUAGCAAAUGGAACUUAAACCAUCUAGUCGAAAUAUGAGUCAUUCAGUCUUCUUUCAACGACUUCAAUUUACUAACCUUACUAUACUAUGGCAAAACAGUGAGUUUUAGAUUGUGUAGCACAGUUUCAGGUUAGAGGCAUCUGCAAAUAUGUAUCAAUAUACUAGUAUUAUCAAAGUAAUGAUUAGUGUGCAUAUUCUUUAUUUCA